GAGCUCUGUUUGUUGUCGCCCGGUUUAAAUUUCGCGGCAGGUCAGGGAGUGGUCGCAUCGGUAUCGCCACCAGUAUUCACAAACACAAAGAUAACCACCUGGGGGUCGUUGCAGCCCGCCCUCGAAAAGAGGUUUCCGCAAUACUCCAAGCUUACUCGCCUCUGCACCUACCAUUCUACGCACAAGAGACUGCAUCGUCUCGGCGGUGCGACUUGUACGCAAUCGAGUAGCGAGCCACCAACAGCAGACAAACGAGAAAACAAAAAAGAAAGAAAAUGCUUGACUGUGACGGGAACCGGCCAAGCGACCAGGCGCGCAUGGCAAAGCUGGUGGAUCAGGGGCUUUCCAAUCCGCCCGAAUGCCUGUCCCAAUGCGCAAAGGCCGCCAUCACGAGGAUGCUGCCCAAAGGGUUGCCCUUUUGCGGCGAGACCACCGUCGACAUUUGCACCUUUCUGGAAGUCUUUGCCUCCCCCAAGGAUCUUUGGGCCCUCUACUGGUGCGAUUCGACAUUUUGCGGUGUUGCUAACCAGCAGCCGAGGCGACUGGGUCAGGACCCCACCGUGAACAGAGUAAUCAACCAGUGUCAGAAUCUCGGUCGCCGCGGACUUGUCGACCCAGGUCCGCCCCCUGAGGGAUACACAUGCUCCUUUUACAUCGACGAGCCUUUUUAUAACGGUGGGCGUUGCGACGAUGCUGCUAUGACCGCGUUGGCAGAUCCGGUAGCAGACGUGACUCCUCCUCGGUCCACGGCCACAACUGAUGCCAUGGCAGCUCGACUUCCUUCAUCAGCGGCCGAGUCGACAUCCUUUCUAGUGCUGACGACAUCGGUGCCUGCGCCAUCACCCUCCAACAAAAAUGCUUGGCUGCCGUUGGGUGUGCAGCCGUCACUGUCGCCGACUUGGACAGCGUCAGCUAGUACGCCGCCAUCAACCUCGAGCAUCAAGCCCAACGCCGCUUCGGACAGUAGCAAAGGGGGCGGCUCGCCAGCAGCAGCCGCACAGAACGACAGAUUCGAGAAGCCCACCGCGGUCAGCCAAGGCCAACUCUCAAUCGGCGGCGUGGCCGCCAUCGCAGUAUGCGUGCCCGUCACCUUGGUGAUACUGGGCUUCCUGGCGUGCUGUCUGUGGAGGCGGAAAAGGAGCAGAAAGACAGACUCCUUCCAGGGCAGCCUGCUGCAGGCACACCUCCGGCACAACCAGCACCACGCGGGGCGGAGAACGUCGGCCGCGACGGCGAAAUACCUCAUAUCAAACGCAAACGUCAACGGCGGCGGCGGGAGCAGCAACAGCAGCAGCAGGGUUACGAGGGGACGGUCCACCAGACCUCUGGCGGACAUCGUGCCGCUGUCGCCGCCUCCGCGGCUGCGCGACCGCAAGUACCUGCAGUCCAUCUUCAAGCGCGCCGAGUCGCCGCCGCUCACGCCUCUGGGCCCGGCCGAGGGCGACGGGCUCAGCAGAACCCACACGCCGGCGUCGCGCAAGCACGUCUUUUGGGACGACGGCGGCGGCCCCGGGAGCCCGAUUGUGUUCCCCACCUCGCCCAUCUGCUCGCCGACGGUGAGCAGGUUGGAGCCGCGGAGGGAGCACACGCCCAGCCUGCACCCCACGUCUCCGGUCAGCAAUCCGUUCGCCGACCACGAGCCGCAGCUGCCGCCUCGGGCGUUGGCGAGCGCCGAGCACAGGCGGGCGAGUGGUGGCUCGGUCGGGUCCGGGGCGGCGUCGGCUAGAGCGCAGGCGGCAUCGUCGCUGCGGAAUGAGUACGUUCCCCUGUCGGGCAUCAGCGGUAGCAGACGUGCCACGAACAUUGCACAAACGCCGCAGGCCAACACGCCGCCGCCGAGUCCCGCGCGGCCGCCCAGACCGCAUGAAGAAAAACUCGAGAUUCCAAACUUGCUAGCCGGACCUCUGGCAGCUUCGCCACAGGUUGCAGACGGGGGUUUCAAGUCGCCGUCGUGGUCGCCUGCCGCAGCGCGAGACGGCCUCGGAAUACGCGGGUAUGCGGCCAGCAGAUCAUCAGAGCGCAUCCCGACCCCUCUUCCCCGGUACUCUUCGGGGCCGGGCUACAGGUCGGCGGACACAAGCCCACUGAGCUCAAAGUCGGACACUUUUCCGACGCGUUAUGGGCCACACUGUCCCACGGGACUGGCCAAAACGUCCGAGCAGCUUCGCGGCGAAGCGAGGGCGCUGUGGGAGCAUACCGAGAGUUGCGCGAGAGAGGCGCGAGACGCGCCAAAGGUCGAUGAGAGGACCAUCGCCGCGGAAGCAGCAGCUCUUCAGGCCAGCCGGCCAGUGUUUGACCUCUCUGAGCGGAACAGCUGGUCAAGUCUCAACGAUUUGGACAGGAUGAAGUUUUGUAGUGAAGAGCCACGACUUGUUGGCGAAGGGAGGAAGUGAUGAAUUCAAGCUUUAGGUGGGGGGGAAGUUGAAUGUCAUUUUCGGGCUGGCCCUUUCUUAUUCGAAAUUUAUGGAUUCAAUAAAGGCUAUGGCUAUGGCGUUGGUUCGGGACAAUUGGUUGGGUUAAUGAUACAUGCACUGAGGGAGCUGGAUUUCCUAGGAUAGGUAGGACUGUAGUGCUCUCGUGGAUUGGAUUUAACGGUAACAAAAAAAGAGAAAUGGUGAUCUGCGA